AUGCAGCAGAAAUUAGAGGUAAACCAAGUUCUAACAAAUAUUCACAAAGCAAAAAAAAAUGUUCAUUCACGUAGUGAAAAUAAAAAUUAAAUGUACAUGAUAGAAAAUUAUGAAUGCAGAAAUAUGACACAAAUAGGGGAAGCAAAACAUAUAAUCCACAUAUCAUGAAAGCAAGAGUAAGAUAUGCAUGUAGGGAAACCAGAAUUUAGACACGCAAACAGUGAAAGUAGAAUUUAGAUGCAUACGUAAUGAAAGUAGGAAUAAGACAGAGGAAAAGCAAAUUAUAUACACAAAGUAUGGUUUUGGGUGCAGAAGUAAUUAAAGCAUGGCUGUUUUGCUAACAACGAAACUGGACUUUGCAAUGCAGCAAUAUUGAAAGCAGGAUUGGGAUGUACAUAAUGAGAGCAGAAUUUAGAUAUACUCAAAAUUAAAGCGAAAUAAAGAUGCAAGUUUAAUUAAAGUACGAUGUAUACGCACAUAAUGAUGACAGAAUUUAGACGCAUAUAAUAACAGCAGAAUUUUAAGACACCAAAAUGAGAGUGGGAUUUAGACGCAACGUAAUGAAAGUAAGCUGUGGAUACACAUUUUAAACGCAUACAAUAAAGACAGAAUUUAAACGCACACAGAAGGAUUUAGAUGCACACACAAUGAAAGAAGGAUUUGGAUAUACACAAAAUAUGAGGAAAAUUUAGAUGCACUCGUAAUGAAUGCAGCAUUUGGAUAUGCACAGAAUAAAAAAAGAAUAAAAUUUAGAUGAACUCAUAACGAAAUCAACAUUUGGAUAUGCACAUAAUAAAAGCAUAAUGUCUCAUAAUAAAAACGGGAUUUAGACGUACGCGUAUCCAAAGUAGAACUUACAAAAUAUAAACACAUGUAACAAAAAUACGAUUUAAACCUACAUGAUGAAAACAGAAUUUCGAUGUAUACGUAAUGACAGUACAGUUUAAAAAAAACAGUGUAUACCAACUAAAGGUACGUAACAAUAACAAAUAAAACGAAUCUAAAUGAUAAUAUUUCACACACCUCAGAACCAUCAUGGCUGUUAUGCUCCUCUUGCUCUCGUUCGCGAUUCUCCACUUGAGGGUUUCCGCUUCGGUCAAGCCUCCGGUAUUUGCAGAGAAACAAGGGAUUCUAAUACAAGCAAGCGACGCAGUGAAUGCCGUGCUCGACACCGUGUCCGAUUCGUCCUGUUCCCUCGUCCUCCUCUCCGAUGGUUCUACUUCCUCCUCUUCUAUCUACAGUGUUUAUCAGGGAAUGCAGAGUCUCGCUGGCCCAAUGGGGGUCGGUGUUUUCGAAGUGACGCGGGAAAAUCUCAACGAUACCGGAGCGCAGGCGGGUCACAUCAUGAAGAGAGUCAGGGAGCUUCGCCUCCUGUCCUGGUGCGUGACUGUGCUGGCCGUGAGCGAGGAGCCGCAGUUCCUCGUGUCGGUGGCGGAGUGGGCGGUCCGGCACCGCCUCUUGGUCUGGGCCACGAGACUUCUGGUUCUCACGCGCCUCCCCCUCGAGGAGCUAAAGCACAUUAUGGUCUCCCACUGGACGUUUUCUAUGAUGAAUUCUAUGGUCCUUAACGUUGAGGAGAGGACGGAUUCUGCAAGGUGUGGUGUGUUCGCACAUCUGCCGUACAGCGACCUAGGGCCUUCAACGGUGAGAGUGGCCACUUGGAGCCGAGCGCGGGGGCUGCAACUUCUCUCCCCCCUUUCUCUCUUCCCGCAGAAGUUUUUGAACUUUUAUGGGGCCACCGUGAACGUGACCGCCCUACCCUUCCCGCCUUACUGGGACACGGUAGAGGAGAGCGCCCCUGACGGCACCACGACCAAGAGGUUCACGGGGACAGACUACCUCAUGCUGGAGGCCAUAGCGGAGGCACUCAACUUUUCCAUUCAAGUUCUUUCCACUGCCAAUUGGGACGAGGUGACGGACCGCGUGGAGGACCGGACGUCCUUCCUCGCUAACGUGAUCUACGCCGUGUUCCCGAACCGCCUCCUCCGCUAUGACUACUCCUACAUGUUCGAGUACGCCUUCCACGCCUUCACCAUGGCCAAACCCGCCCUCAAGCCCCGCUGGCAGAGCUUAUAUUACCCUCUAACUGAUGGCGUUUGGGCUUCCAUCUUGGCCGUCGUAAUAAUUAUGCCUCUACCUUUAAUUUUGAUCGUCCGCAUGGGGACCGGCGACUUCAUUAAAAGCGCCAUAGGUCCUAAACUCGCGGUGCAGGAGAUCAUUCGCACUCUGCUGGGUCAGGAUCUCUCCGGAUACUUCCCUAGCACCCACUCCUGCCGCCUUCUGCUGGCGCUGUGGCUCGUUUUCGCCUUCAUCGUCGGGACGGCUUACCGCGGGAACCUCACUGCUUCCCUCACUGCCCCUAAGUAUCCCGCUCGCCCAGAGACCCUCAAGGAACUAGUCAGUGCAGGAGCCAGGGUGACAAUGCCGCCGUAUGGAGCGCACUUCCGCGACUUCUUCAAGCAAUCCGACUCCAGUGACUUUAAGACCCUAGGGGAGCGCGUCGACAUCGUGCCAACGGCUGCCGACGGCCUCGAGCAGGCUAUCACUCGUGGCCAGGCCCACAUGGAGGCAAGGCGCUACUUGCAGCUGGUGAUAGCGCAGAAAUUCACGCGGGCCGACGGCAGCACGCGCCUCUACGUCGGGCGAGAGAGCGUGUUCCCGGGCCUCUCCGCGUGGCCCAUCCCUCACGACGCGCCCUACAAGCCCGUCCUGGACCGCUGCAUCAUGGCCAUCGUCGAGGGCGGCCUGUACGAGAAGUGGAGCGCCGACAUGGUAAGUCGAGCCCGGGAGGAGAGUCGCCAGAAGCAGCAGCUGAAGACCGAUGCCGUCGAGAGCGAGGAGGCCGACGGAGGCACGCGCGCCCUCACCCUCACCCACAUGCAAGGGCCUCUGCUCCUGACGCUGCUCGGCCUCGCCCUUGCCGGAGUCACUUUCGCCCUGGAGAUCCUGGUGGUUUGGUGCCUCGCUGCCAGGACUUAGGGGCGGAUCGGGGGCGCCCUGACAUGGAGACUCCUUGCCAAUGCUGAGAAUGAUGUUGUGGAACAUUCACUAGAUUUAUUCAUUAGAUUGCACGCGGCUGCCAUGUUAGCACGUUACUUAUCAGGUUUCCGGAUUUUCGGACAGGUUAUUUUGUGUAAUUUUUGCAUAAUUUUAACACCAAAUAUCAAUAUUAAAUCUGUCAACAUAACCUCUGUAGAUGUUUCAGCAUAAUAAAAUUUUGAGCUGCAAA